GCUCAAUGGCGCUGUCAUCAAAGGCUUCGAGGAGGACGUCGGGACCAAGAUCUCCUUCUACGGCUUCACAGUGAACACCAUGAAGAACUCCCUCAUCGCCUACGAGGAGUACGGCUUCACCCAGAUACCCCAGGCCAAGGACCUGAGGUAUAUCUUCAUCCCCUCUGACAUCCGUGACUACGUCAUGCUGAAGUCGGCCAUCCAGGGCAGCCCGGUCCCCGAGGGCUCGGACAAGGGGGACCAGCCGCAGAAGUAUUUUGGACCGGAGGCAUCUGCAGAGAAGUUCAAGCUGCUGCAUCCCGAUUUCUUGCAGUACCUGACAGCGAGGUUCCUGCGGUCGGAGCUCCUGAACACGCAGUACGGCUCGCUCUACAUGCCCAGCACCGGCGCCCUCAUGCUCCUCACCGCGCUCCACACCUGCGACCAGGUCAGUGCCUAUGGGUUCAUCACGGCCAACUACGAGCAGUUCUCAGACCACUACUACGAGCUGGAGAAGAAGCCGCUGGUGUUUUAUGCCAACCACGACAUGAUGCUGGAGGCGGCGCUGUGGAGGAGCCUGCACCGGGCAGGGAUCAUGACCCUCUACCAGCGGUGA